AUGUUGCUGUUGGCCCCACAAAUGGUUGUUUCUGGUGGGUCUGAUUUGUCUCUGAAUGAGCUAGUGGUGGGAGACACCAACGGGAAACUCUAUGUUUACAAGAAUGAUGACAGCAAACCCUGGGCUGUGCGAUCUUGCCAAGGAAUGCUCACAUGUGUUGGUGUGGGAGAUGUGUGCAAUAAAGGAAAGAAUCUCGUGGUGGCAGUGAGUGCAGAAGGCUGGUUUCAUCUUUUUGACCUGACUUCUCCAACUUCAAAACACUCGGAUGCUUCAGGCCACCAUGAGUUGGCAGCAGCAGAAGAGCAGAAGCCAGUGUUCAAGCAGCACAUUCCUGCCAACACCAAGGUCAUGCUGAUCAGUGACAUUGAUGGAGAUGGGAAGUGUGAGUUGGUGGUGGGUUACACUGACAGGGUGGUACGUGCCUUCCGCUGGGAGGACUUGUCGGACAAUUCAGACCAUGUCUCUGGGCAGCUGCUCCUGUUGAAGAAAUGGCUGCUAGAAGGUCAGGUGGACAGCCUCUCUGUGAACCCAGGCCCUGAUGGCUCACCGGAGAUGAUGGUGUCUCAGCCAGGCUGCGGUUAUGCGAUUCUGCUGUGCACCUGGGACUCCGAGCAGCAGGCCACGACAGAGGGAAGAGACAACUCUGCCCCGAGCAGUGAGGCCCCUAUUCGAGAUGUUAUUCUACACCAAACAUCUGGACGGAUUCACAACAAGAAUGUUUCCACUCAUCUAAUUGGUAGCAUUGGUCGAGGCUGCUCCAGUGAGAAUAGUCGCUCAGGUCUCUUUGCCCUCUGUACUCUGGAUGGGACAUUGAAACUCAUGGAGGGAGCAGACAAGCUGCUCUGGUCUGUGCAGGUUGAUCACCAGCUGUUUGCUCUGGAAAAGUUGGAUGUUACUGGCAAUGGACAUGAGGAGGUGAUUGCCUGUGCGUGGGAUGGUCAGACGUACAUCAUCGACCAGAAUCGGACUGUUGCCAGAUUUCAAGCAGAUGAGAAUGUCAGUGCAUUCUGUGCAGGCCUCUAUGCAUGCAAAGGAGGAAGCAACAGCCCCUGCCUGGUUUAUGUCAGCUUCAAUCAGAAGAUCUACAUCUACUGGGAUGUGCAGCUGGAGAGAAUGGAGUCCACCAACCUGUUGAAAAUCCUGGAUUGUGACCCAGAGUUUGGAAGUCUCCUGCAGCAGCUGGGUGUGGAAAGAGGCGAUGUUUCUGCUGUCAAAGAUCUGAUUCACAAAACACUGUAUUUUCCUGAGAAACAGCAGCAGAGCAGCCCCUCGCAGUGUCAAGACCCUGCCGGAACAGACUCCUCUGCCCACUACACUGCCAUCCAGGAUCCCUUAUAACAAGUCACAUAGAGGCUGACAUCUUUAAUAUCAGCACAAACUCUUCUCUGACUGGAAUCAGGCAUCUAAUGAAGAUGAGACUGUUCUUUUCCCAUCUCUGUCAAAGCUUCCAGACAGCGAAGGGUGUACAGGCUGGGUUCUGUGGAGGGAUGUGCUUGGCUGUAGGCUUGAGUGAAGGUGGUGGGUUGAUUUGCUUUUAGCUGAGGAAGCUACCAGAACAGCAAGAGCCCAGGAUCCUGCUCAUUGGCCUUCCAUUGCCAGUUUCCAUGUUCUCCGCUAGCUAAUGCGCUUUAUGGGUGGCUGUGAAGGAGCACUGAAGUCAUAGAUGGAGAGAAUAGCUGAGCUCAGUCUCUGUUUUGGCCUAUUCUUACAACUGCUCUAGCGAUUACUUCUGAGUUCUUAGCAGGAUCACAGUGCAGGAAUUGCAGAUGGAGGAACUGGAUUAGGGAGCAGGCAACGUCUUCUCCCAUUUAGGUGUGUUUUUAAAGUAGACCCAAGCAUUGUUUGCCUUUGCUCUGCUGCUGCUCUUCUACCAAGCAGUUUCUCACAAACCACCUCCUGUUCUGAGGAGCUGGAGACAUGCAUGAGAAGAACCACAACUUGCACUAAUAAGGUGUUGAGGGGUAACAGCUCCAGUGAACCUCAGCUGUACUCAAGAGGCAUUGCUUGUCCCCGUCUUCUUGGGCACGGUGAUCCCGGAGAUGGCUGUGACUUAGCAAAGCAGCUGUGAACUGGGCAGUAGGAAGAAUCUGUCUGAACCAUGGAUCUGUGGUGCCGUGAGAGCUUGGCCAUUCCAUGAUAAGCAGUGGAAAUGCCACACCUCCCUCUUGUUGUGGAGAGCACCAUGCUAUUUUGAGUCCUGCACAACUGAAAGAUGUGGACUGGAGGUGAUGUUCCACUUGCUGGUAUGCGGAGUCUGGAAAAGGCCAUUGCUCACGCAGGCUGCUCAUAUGCAAAGGCCCAGGCAGGAACCUUUCCACGUGCUGCUGGUGUUCUGCUUUUCCCCAUCUCAGCUUGCCCCUUGCCUAACUCAGCUUAUUAGGAUAGGAGCAGCAGGCUCACCUGCUGUUUUGCAUCUUUUAUCUUCUCUCACUUGUGUGAUGUUUUAUUGGACAUGCAUAAUGAAUGGAGCUGUCCCUUCACCCUUGUGGCAGCCUGAGUCAGAGCAAAUAUAAUUCAGUGAUCUCUCUUUAGCAAAUGGUAACAUUUAAACAUCCUGCAGGCUGUUGAAAACCUGCUGUUCUAUACUCUGCCAAACAUCCAAGGGCAGCCCUAACUGGGAGAAAACUUUGUAUAGAGGAAAGGAGUGUCUUGCUCUUGGGUCAAAAGGACUGUUGUUGAAGUAGCCCUAUGUGGUAGAAGGGCAGGAUCUUUACAUAAUAAGCCCUAGCUUUUCUUUGCAAUUUCCAUCGGUAGAUUUAUGUAAUCUUUAUAGAGGACAACUUCUGUCCUCUGUGUUUGAUAGCUGUGAAAGUUGAAGCAUGGAGCAGUGAAAUGGUAUGACCUGCUCUGCGCCAGCUAGCUUGCUUCUCGGACCACUCUGUCUUCUGACUCUAACUAUAGUGGAAGCUUCUUUCCAUUUUAAUGACCUCACUGAGGAGCAUUUUUAAAUGUUCCCCUGUCAUACUAAGUGCUUAUGUACUACUGGAUCCUUCAGGCAGGAGCUCUAAAGUCAUAAUAGUGCUUUAGUAACAGUGGUGUUCAGAGCAGCAGGGCUUGAGUUUGUCAGCUAUGGAGAGCUGAUAGUGUAGGGACCACCUACUGAUGGGCUAAAGCAAGGAGCUGUCUUGAAGCUUGUCAGCUCUGGACUGCAACCUCAAGAAAUUGUCAGCUCUCAUGAUGCUGAGAUGUACAGCCACCCAUCCCAGUGGGCAAUCACCACUGCUUCUGGCAAAUUAGUCACUGUGACCCCUUGGGCUCUCAUCAGUCUCAUAGUCCUUUCCUAAUGAGGAUGAGUCUUGUUGGGGCUAUUAACUAGAUCACAGUAUAUUGCUUCUUGCUACUUCCAGGUUUCUGUUUCCCAAAACCUAAAGCUGCUCUUUCCGAUCACCAGAACAAGUAAGGAUUCUCCCUUCCCUCCCUUCAGGUGAAGUAGUAGCAGUUGCUACUCGUAUCUCCUCCCCUUGGGGCCCAGCUGCAGUGGGGAGAAGCAGAUGUCCCUACAGAUGGGGUGAAUAGUUUGGUUUCACUGUAUUCUGAGAUAAUUCCCGCCUAGCCCUGUUGCUACCUGAUUUUAAUCUUGCACUUCAAAAUUAGUGGAACUGACAUGAAGAGGGACCACAGCGAAACAGAACUCUGCAGGGCAGUUUCCAGAAGCAUACAACAGAAAUGACGUUGUAGCAAUGUCCCUGAACAGGCCUGUGUCGUGGCAUAUGCCGUUCUUCCAUCCUGAACACAGACUACUGUUCUUCCUCUACUUAAGGUUGUGUAUUUUCUUGUCCUGCUCCCCCCCGCACCCCCAGUAAUUCUGUGGCUUCUGUCUCCCCCACCAUCGAUAGAAACGGGAUGGUUACAAGCA